CUCGCAGCCACCCGCCCCGAGUUCAUCAAACUAGCAACAGGAUCGCGGCGGGCGGGCGGGUGCCGGGUGCUGGCGGGACGCGGGACGCCUCUGUCUGUGCUGCCUGCCACCAGCUGCUGGCCGCGGGCACCUUCCCGCUCACCCCCAGGGCUGGCCCUGCCGGGCUCCCAGGGCGGGCGGCCGGGGGCAUGAGGUGAGCCCUCGGCGCCCUGAGCUGGCCCAGGCCGGGCCCCCCCCACCCCGAGCGGAGCGGGCGGACGGACAGACGCGGCUGCAGCCGCCCCCACUGUGGCCACGGGCAGCAUGUAUGGGAAUUAUUCCCACUUCGUGAAGUUUCCCGCCGGCUUCGAUGGGGAAACCAAGUCACGGAGGCAGGGCCGGACACCUCUUGGCCCCCCCAGCCACGCCGGCGCCCCGUCCAUGAGCCCGUCGGCCGCCCUGCCCCCCGGGAAGCCAGCGGGGAAGCCCCCCAGCUACACGGACGCCCCCGUGAGCGCCCCGCGGGCGCUGAGUGUGGGGGGCACCCCGCUCAACGCCCUCGGCUCUCCCUACCGGGUCAUCACCUCCGCCAUGGGCCCGCCCUCGGGGGCCCUGCCCGCACCCCCUGGCGUCAACCUUGUGCCACCUCCCAGCUCACAGCUCAGCGCCAGCGUGUCCGAGGACGUCAAGCCCCUGCCCGGGGGGCUGCCUGGUGUCGGGGGCCUGCACUGCCCCGCCGGCAGCCCUGGCUCCCUGGUCAAACACAUCUGUGCCAUCUGCGGGGACAGGUCGUCAGGGAAGCACUACGGGGUGUACAGCUGCGAGGGCUGCAAGGGCUUCUUCAAGAGAACCAUCCGGAAGGACCUGGGCUACACGUGCCGUGACAACAAGGACUGCCUCAUCGACAAGCGCCAGCGCAACCGCUGCCAGUACUGCCGCUACCAGAAGUGCCUGGUCAUGGGCAUGAAGCGCGAGGCCGUGCAGGAGGAGCGGCAGCGCAGCCGGGAGCGCGCCGACGGCGAGGCCGAGGGCGCCGGGCACGAGAACAUGCCCGUGCAGAGGAUCCUGGAGGCCGAGCUGGCCGUGGAGCCCAAGACGGAGGCCUACGGCACCCUGAGCGUGGAGAGCUCGACGAACGACCCCGUGACCAACAUCUGCCACGCGGCCGACAAGCAGCUCUUCACGCUCGUGGAGUGGGCCAAGCGCAUCCCCCACUUCUCGGACCUCACCCUGGAGGACCAGGUCAUCCUGCUCCGCGCAGGCUGGAACGAGCUGCUCAUCGCGUCCUUCUCGCACCGCUCCGUGUCCGUGCAGGACGGCAUCCUGCUGGCCACCGGGCUGCACGUGCACCGCAGCAGCGCGCACAGCGCGGGCGUCGGCUCCAUCUUCGACAGGGUCCUCACUGAGCUGGUCUCCAAGAUGAAGGACAUGCAGAUGGACAAGUCGGAGCUGGGCUGCCUGCGGGCCAUCGUGCUCUUCAACCCCGACGCCAAAGGCCUGUCGAACCCGUCCGAGGUGGAGACACUGCGGGAGAAGGUGUACGCCACGCUGGAGGGCUACACCAAGCAGAAGUACCCGGACCAGCCCGGCAGGUUCGCCAAGCUGCUCCUGCGCCUGCCGGCCCUGCGCUCCAUCGGCCUCAAGUGCCUGGAGCACCUGUUCUUCUUCAAGCUCAUCGGGGACACGCCCAUCGACACCUUCCUCAUGGAGAUGCUGGAGGCACCCCUGCAGCUCACCUGAGCCUGCCGCCCAGGACCCGCCCCCGCCGCCCAGGACCCGCCCAUUCUACACCAGACCCCGCCUCUGCCAGCCAGGACCCGCCCAUUCUACCCCAGGCCUCGCCCCUACUAAACUAGGCCCCGCCCAUUCUAUCCCAGGCCCCGCCCCUUCUCCCAAACUGAUGCUUCAAAUAAAGCCCCGUCCCUGUGUGAUUCGCGGUGGCCUUUUGUAGCGGGGGGGUUGCUUCGGGUCGCCCUAAAUCCCCGGGGCUGCAGCUCUUUCCAGAAGCGCCAAAGCAAAACAAGCCUCUGUAUAUAUCAACGGUUUAAAUUUUUUUUUGCCCCCCCCCCCAAUGUGCCAUGGAAAAGCCAAGGAACGAAUAAUAAAAGAAUCGAUGCGG